AAUGAAUAAUGAAAAAUAAAACUCAACAUAUGGAACAAAAAUACCAGACAUAAAAAUGCAAAAAAUGAAAAAUAACAAAAUUAUGGUUCACGAUAAGGUGUGGAUCAAAUUCGAAAGGAGAAGAUCAAGAGAUCCUCAUCAAGAUUAUUGCUCUGGAUCUUACGAAGUGACCAAAUUUUCUAGUCCUGCCAUCGAAUUUUCAAAAGACGACCAUCUUACAUACAAAACGAUAUAUCAGUGAGAAAGUGUUGUGAACAAACAUUAUUUAAACGUGAAAUUUUCUAUUGAAUCAAUGAAAUUUCAUUUUAAAUGCAAAGAACUAGUCAAAUAAAAAAUAGUGAGAAGAUAAACAAGAUAAAGUGAACUAUGAAGGAAAUACAUUCUGUGUAAAAAAUGACAAAAUAUUAAUAAUCAAGUGAACAAAGUAAGAUCAAACUAUCAAAAAAUUGAGUGAGAAUGCAAUUUCGAUCGCAAAAGAUGUCUGUGUGAAAGUUUAAAAUGGAAAGAGUUUAUGAGCAACGCCUGAGCAUUCAUGAAAUAUAAAAAUAAUUCUGCGAAACAGUGGCUCGUAGUACAUGGCAAAGAUGGAGAUGACAAAAAGCGAGCAAAAUGAAGCCCAAAAUGAGGUGAACAUAUAGACGUCUCUGAUGAAAAUAAAUAUGAUAGCAAAAAGUGAAAAACCCAUAGAUAAAAGUGGCGCAAAAUAUUCAAAAAGUGUAGGUGACAGUGCAAUAAAGACUUGAGCUACAAUUAGGCAACGUGUACCGGGCGAAAAGAAAAAAAUAACAUACAAAGUCAUUUGACUGGAACUUUAAUGUAUUUGGUGCAAUAUUACUUUUAGCGGUAGAAUGAUGAGAGUCAAAUUUGAGGGACCGAUUAUGCAAUAUCAAUUGAAUCGACCGCAUUGUUUAUGGGAUAUUUCCUUCAUUCAUCUAGCUGUUUUUGUUUGUUCUCUGCUCACAAAUGUUGAUUUGACCGAAUCGUUUCGACGUGGAAACUUGUUAAUACCACGAACAUAUUCGCCGAUAAGCGGGGAUUUAAAUGUGCAGCUUCAAUAUUUUAGCCAAGAAAAGCAAAAAACCGUCAAAUCAAAUUUCAACCGUGACGAUGACUCAGCGUCGUUAAGCUCCGAAGAGGAUGAUUUUGUAAAAACGACAUCGGCGCCCAAACAAACGAAACCAUUUGGUGAUGAUGAUGUUCGCUUGCAAGUGAGCCGUUUCGUUGGCACAAAUCGUACAACCGUUGCAAUCCUAGAUGUGUACCCAGACCAACGUUCGAAUAUAACUCAGAUCACAAUUUCGUGUAUGAAUUUUUUGUUUGGUGGCACGUACGAGCUUGAAAUUGUCGGUGGCAAUGAUAUUGAUGAAGGUGCCAACACAUUGGAUAAUCACGAUGAACGCUUACGAAAACAGUUAGAUGUGAGAUGGCCUCAACCAAAGCUCAGCGUGACUCCAGAAUCGAUUGGAACAUAUCCGCAGCAGCCAGUUGAUGUGAUUUUGGAAUUUCCUGGCAUUGAAUGCAUUGUACCGCAUACGCAACUCGACACUGUGCCAGAGUUUUGGCUUGAACUUUAUUAUUGCGGUCACGAGGUGUAUUGCGACAGCGCCAAUGUGAGCAGCUCACAGGUUUUAUACGCUGAACAAAUUCGCGGUUAUCCAAAAGCGCGCCUGUUAAAACUCAGCUGCGAGCUAUUUGGUUUAGCAGGACAUUAUGUUGUUAAAUUACGACCAACAGCACCAGUGGCGGCUAGCGUUUCAGCAACGGCUUAUAUUCAGGCUGACUGGAGUGAACAAUUUGUGUUCAAUGUCCAUGCACGUUCAAUAUCACCAUGUGAUCCACACAGCGGAAUUGGUGUUCUGUUUGAGUAUCCAGCUUGCAUUUUGGACCGAGCGGAUCGAAUACGGUUAUUUGGCAAAUUGAGGGCUGACGUUGCAUCACUCGCACCACCCACAUCACUCCACUACAUCACCGAGCAGCGAGUCGUUCGAGGUCAACAUGCAUUGCACUUUGACUGUGAUUUUUUCUCGGAAAAAUAUGUCGAAUAUUGCUUUGUGUACGUUAGUCAGGCUAUUUCCGGUGCUGUUGCCGACGUUCGCAUGGAUUGUUUGCCAACAUUACCUGUUCGCGAAUCAGAACGUGGAGGCUGGGGUCCAUGGAGUGAGUACACGCCGUGCUCAACAACGUGUGCUGGUGGUACACGGAGUCGAUAUCGCGUUUGUGAUUCACCGCCGCCGAGAUAUGGAGCAAUGUUUUGUGAGGGAAAUGCUGUUGAAACUGAAGAGUGUGGCGGAUCAAUAUCAGAUAGUUGGGAAAAUUGUAUUUAUGGUGCGCCGGGUGGUAUCUUACCAUCGGACUUUGCAGAUAGACCAGGUAUAAAAGCCGAUCUCGGAUCGGAUUGUCGAUGUGGUUGUAUUGUUCAUUUGACGGUGUCCAAGCCGCGGCGCAUUAUAUCUGCAUCGGCUCAAAGUUGUCCGGGUCGCACAUUUUGGCUGUUACAAGCCGAACCGGGCUACAGGAUUCGAUUUCACUUUGACUUCUUUCGACUCAUUUGUUCGGAUCAAUAUGUUCGCGUACGCGAUGGAGAUUCAUUAUUGAGCGAGUUGGUGGGCGAGUUUUUUGGCGGCACUCAAAAGAAUACCGACGUCAUUUUAUCAAGCGGUUCGAAACUUUUGCUGGAAUUUUACUCCAACGAAUUAUCGACAAUUGGCGAAUCGUGCAAAGGAGGCUUUUUAACACAUGCACAACAAUUCCAGACAUCACAUUUAAAUAUCACAGAACCACGUACGAGCAAAGCCAUUAUGUCAAAAAUUAACAUACCGUCCACGUCUCGAAUUACAAUGGUGCACGUCAUUGCCAUCCUAUUCAGCAGUAUUAUAAUUGUGGUGAGCGCAAUGCUUGGCGCACAGUACGUAUGUCGUUAUCGUAAAUACCAAUUAGCUGAAAGUGCUGGUGAACCAGAUUCGCCUGUGCACACUCCCCGUACAUCAAUGGGCUCAAUAGCGGCAGGUCAAUUGCCAUCAAGAGCAGUCUCAACUUCAACAUUACUAUCGGAAGUUGUGUCAUUUGUUAAAAUACGACCACGGGGCCGAUGGAUGAAGCAUUCACGUUUACGCGAAAGUGUCGAUGGUGAGGCUCUCGAAGUAGCUCUACAAAAUGGAAAAGCCCACAGUGACGAUGCAGCGAGUCUGGAUGCUAGUACGCACACUUUAACAAACGAAACGUUUAAUGGGAGCAACGAUGCAUGCGAAACGAGCGACGUGAUAACGGCACCAAAACGAAAGAAAAACAAUAAACAAGAUAGCGGAAUGAAUGGAGAAUGCUCUAAUGAGGCUCUAUCGCAACAGUUAUCGACGUCUCCAUCGAGCUUCGGUUGCAGCAGCCCCGGCAGUAAUAACGGUGACAUCGAUAGCAAGGAAGACGAUGAUAAAAAUGACAGAAAAAAUUUAGCUCGUUAUAAGCGACGCAAUUCAAACAACAUCAAUUCAAUUAGUUUACCGCGUACACCACUCGAUACACCCAUGCCACGACGACGGGAUUUUGGAAAGAAACGGAACACGAACACUGCUACUCCCGCCGCCGCUGCUGCUGCUGCUGCUACAAGAAGAAGCACCAUUGCAGAAAACAAAGACAGAAAAAAUGAACAAAGCGAUGCAAAAACUACCACCGACACUAAUUGUAACGGCAAUAGUCAUAAUAAGGACAGUGGCAGCGAUGAUGUACCGACUGAAACGAAAAGAGUUAACGGCGAAAAGGGCUCACGAAAAAAGCGAAACCAUUUAAAUAUGGUGGGCAGCAGUAGCAGAAACAAAGUUUUCAGCGAAGACAGUGAACGCGAUUCGGAUUCUCGGGCAUCCAUAAAUAAGCACCCUCUUUCAGCUUCGCGUAAAAAAAGCGACAUGAUGAGAAGACUCAGUGUCAGCAAUGCCACUUUGCGAAAUAGUUGCUACUCGCCAGCAUCGAGUGUAAUUAGUGUGUCAACAAAUCGCAGCGUGAAUAUUAAAGAGAGCAAAGAAAAGAAGAAUCGUGAGAAAUUGUUAGCCGGACCGGGAUCUGAAUUUUCAUUGGCACCCGAAGAUAUGGAAAUGGACUAUUACGAUUAUAAUGUGAUUAAUGCUGGCGCAGCACCAGGUUCAUACUUGGGCAUGGAUCCAGCGUAUUUAGUAUGGAUCCCACCAAUAGACGAUGGCACCGAACACACUGAGGAUGAUGACGACGACGACGAUGACGAACAUUCUGAUACAAAUGGUCACAGCAACGAAAGUGAAGAUGCAUCACCCAGUGAAGAGGAGCCACAUUACGAGGAAAUUUCACCAACAUAUGCAAAUAGUGAAAAUCGAAAAGAAGAAGCACCCGAAUUACCGCCGCUCAAUAAAAAGCCCAUUUCGCCGAAUACAAAUAACGGCAUUAAUGAAAUGCAUCAAAAUGCUGAUUUAAAUAAAGUUUUGCUAGCAAGUGCAUUCAGUGCAAUACGAGAUGAUGUUGACUCACCAAAAGGCAUUCGCCGAAAAAUCAGUGGAAAUUUACUUGGAAGAAAAGUACCCGAUGUUGAUGCCAUACCAAUGACCGAAUUUAGGUCGAAAAAAUCAAAUGGCAGCCUUCGAAAUGCUGAUUCACCAGCCAAAGUACAUCGCCCAUCAUAUCAAAAUCAGGAGCAACGUUGCAGCUAUGCCAGCGACGAUAAAGACGCUGGCACGGAGAAAGAGACAGCUGUUGUUAAAUCGCCAAGCGACAAAUUUAAAGAUUAUUACGAAUUGGAUGACAUUCAAUUUGCCGAUGAUGACUCUGAAGACGACUGCGACGUACGGUUCAAUCGCAACCAAACUGACUAUGCGACGUCAAAGAUGCACGAACCAAAGAACAGUCACACACUUUUCGAAAUGCAUUAGGGAAAAUCUGUUAAAGAAUUUGAAUAAUAUUUUGCACAUUAGGCAUGUGACGCUAUAGCUAAAUUGAAAUGGAUUGUAACGAAUGAACUGACAUGGAAAAUUUGUAUAAUUUAAUUUAUUAUUGCAUAAAAUGUAUGUAGAGCUUUUCAAAUUACAUUAUUAUUAUUAUUAUUGUAUUACUACUAUA